AUGGAAAGUUGUAAAGAAUUGAAGAAGUGGUCAUGUGAAAAGAUCGCUGAUCAAAGUAAUGGAGAUGUCGCCAUUGAUGAAUAUCAUCGCUAUAAGGAAGAUGUGGGGAUUAUGAAGAAUAUGUCAAUGGAAGCGUAUAGGUUCUCUAUCUCAUGGUCCAGAGUAUUACCAAGAGGAACUGGUCGACCUAACCCGAAAGGAAUCGAAUACUACAACAAUCUCAUCAAUGAACUCCUAAAGAAAGGUAUGAAACCAUAUGUUACACUCUUUCACUGGGAUGUUCCCCAAGCCUUACAAGAAAAAUAUGGUGGUUUCUUAAGCCCUCAUAUUGUGUAA